GUUCGCACAAUUCACGGAAAAAUGAUUCGCUUCGUUUUAAUUAUUUUGGCGCAUUGUAUAUUACUUUUUCAAAUCAGAUGUGUUCUCGGUGAAGAUAAUGGCACAAGUAAAGUGUGCGAUUGCAAGUGCAAUUGUGUUGUGCAAAUGGGUGUCGCAAAAAAAUACAUAAAAGAGUGGAUAGAUGUGCAAAAUAUUUCAAAUAAAGUUCCGAUUGGCAAAAAGGAGUUAGUUCCGAUUAGCGAAAAGGAGUUAGUUGCGAAGGGACCACCGAACCCGUCUAGUUGUGUGAAAGCAGCAGCAAAGAAAUUGAAGAGUGGCAUUUAUAAAAUUCAAAUAGAAAUGUUGAAGGUCACCGACUUGGAAGUGUUUUGUGAAGAGGACAUUGAUUUUGGGGGAUGGAUAGUUGUUCAACGUCGUGUAAAUGAUUCAGUGGAUUUUUAUAGAACUUGGGAUGAAUAUAAGAAAGGAUUUGGUGAUUUAGAGGGAAGCUAUUGGAUUGGUUUAGAAAAACUCUACGCGCUCACUAGCAGCUGUGAACAGGAGUUGUAUAUUCAAUUGGCAAGACGUAACGGUAAAAAAUACUACGCGAAAUAUUCACGAUUUCUUAUUGGUGACGAGUCAAGAAACUUUGCUUUGCUGAAAGUKGGUAAUUACAGCGGUACUGCUAUCGAUUCUUUAACUUAUCACUUGGGAAUGCCGUUUUCAACGCAUGAUCAYGAUAGUGACGUUAGUAAAAAUAAUUGUGCACAGGUGCAUAAAGGUGCUUGGUGGUUUCGCCGAUGCUAUACCUGUCACCUAAAUGGAGUCUAYGGACGUCGUAAAUACGGGGUGAACUGGAAUAGCUUAUCGACAGAAGAAUCUUUUGUGUUUUCGCAAAUGAUGAUACGACCAGCYCACGUUUUCUGGAGACGACUGAUGUUGAGCAAUUCACUUCGGUGUGCCUAAAAAAUACCAUUUUAAUUAUUUGCAUUAUUAACGAGCAAAUUUAUA